AUGUCUCUCCCCUUCACGUUAAAUGACCCCUCACUCCUCCAUGAGGCUUCGCUGCUCAAGGGCAAAUGGGUGCAAGCCCAGGCCGGCAAGCGCUUUAAUGUCGAGGAUCCCGGCUCUGGCAAGAUCUGGGCCACCUCGCCUACCAACCAAGUCGAAGACGUCGACCAAUACAUCGAGUCCUCUCAGACCGCCUUCAAGAGCUUCCGCUACACCAACCCUCGCGAACGAGCCAAGAUCCUCCUCAAGUGGCACGAGCUCAUCACCAACGCCCGCGAGGACAUUGCCAAGAUAGUCGUCUACGAGACGGGAAAGCCCAUGGCCGAGGCUGUAGGUGAAGUCGAUUACGCACUUGGUUUCGCUUGGUGGUUUGCAGGCGAAGCUGAGCGUGUCCGCGGUACAAUUGCGCUGCCGUCUGUUUCUAACCGUCGAACCUUUGUUAUUAAGCAACCCAUUGGUGUGAGCGUCGCUCUUGUGCCUUGGAACUUUCCUGUUGCUAUGAUUAUCCGCAAGGUUGCCGCGGCUCUAGCUGCCGGUUGCACUAUGGUUGUCAAGCCUUCUCCCGAGAGUCCCUUCAGCGUUAUGGCCCUCGCCGAUCUGGCCCUCCGAGCUGGACUGCCCGCCGGUGUGCUUAACGUCAUCUCGACCGACAACACCAACACACCAUCAGUCAGCGAGAGACUCUGCAAGCACCCCUUGGUCCGAAAGGUCACCUUCACAGGAAGCACCAACGUUGGAAGCAUUGUCGCCAAGCAUUGCGCCGAGGGCCUGAAGAAGGUCACCAUGGAACUUGGUGGCAACUGUCCGUUCCUCAUCUUUGACGACGGUGACCUAGACCAAGCUGUUGCCGCACUUAUGAUCCUCAAGUGGCGCACAGCUGGCCAGGCUUGCACGCACGCCAACCGAGUUUACGUGCAAAGCGGCGUGUACGACAAGUUUACCCAAAAGAUGUUGGAGGCCACGAAAAAGCUCAAAGUGGGCCAUGGCGCCGAGACAGGGACGACCAUGGGUCCCCUGACAACAGGCCGACAAGUUGAAAAGGUCGAGAAGCAUGUAUCCGAUGCCGUUAGCAAGGGAGGCAAGAUCCUAUGUGGCGGAAAGAGACCGUCUGGGUUAAAGAAUGGCUACUUCUUUGAGCCCACCAUCAUCUCGGGGAUGACGCCUGACAUGUUGACUACGCAAGAGGAGAUAUUUGGUCCUCUACUGGGUAUCUACAAGUUCGAGACGGAGGAGGAAGCUGUGGAGUUGGCCAACAACACAUCUAUGGGCCUAGCUUCGUACUUUUACACCAAGGAUGUCAGUCGUACAUGGAGGCUUCUCGAGAGCCUUGAGGCUGGUAUGAUUGGAAUGAAUACCGGAAAUGCAUCAUGCGCCGAGUCUCCUUUCGGCGGUAUCAAGUCUUCGGGCUAUGGCAAGGAGGCCGGGAAGGAUGUUGCCAUUGAAGAGUAUCUCAUCUCCAAGACGGGGACGCUCACAGUCGAUGGUGCUCCCACACCUUGA